AUGUCCGUGUUUAAUGCUCUACCGCAAACACUCUCAGGUGCCGUGCCGCCCGGGUCGUUUGGCAGCGUCUUCUCCACACCAGCGGACCCAACGCCGCCGCCGCCGCCGCCGCCGCAGCAGCAGCAGCAGCAGCAUCAACAACAGCACCAAUCCCAGCCGCCAGGCUUCCCAUCGCACUCCCCUGUGCUUGCGUCACGAAACACCGCAACUGUGUUCCGAUCAUCACGGUCAAAUGCCCCUGGCGGCCCACCUCCUUACCCUCGCAACGCAAGCCCGCCCGUGUUUUUCGGCGCCUCAAGCACACCUACCGUGAAACUGCCUGCUGAAGGAGUGCCAGCAGCAGUAGCUGGGCUGCCGACAGGCCACACAACAUCCGCAUUCAACGCGCCGGUGUUUGGUACGGCCGCAGCAUUCACUUCUGCUGCUCCGUUGAGCAUGGCGACUGUACCGUUUUCAAGUGGUGGUGCUGUGGCUCCAUCGAACAACAACGCUGUGAAGGCCGCGGUGUCUUCUGCGUUUGCUCCAUCUGUCUUCCAGCGUGCCAGCCACAGCAGCACUGCUCCUGCCAGUGCAGUUCCCACCCCCACGGAUCCCCGAUCCUCGGCAUUUGGCGCACCAAAAGGCAAAAGUACGUGGGACGGAACAACAGCAACAACAACAGCAGCAGCAGUUUUUUCGUCGCCGAAAGAAAGAUUUUCGCCUUCUCCUUCCGUCUUCCCCGCUCAGGCACAAAGCACACCUCCAUUCAAUCCAAUGGCAGCUGGUGCAAAGCGUGGGCGAGGCGGUGCGGUGGUGGGUGGAAGAGGCUCAGGGCGUGGUGACGCACAGCCGUCCUCUGCUCAUGGGGUGCGUGAGUCAAGACCCACGCCACAGGCGCAGUUGCCAGCAUCAACUACGUCAUUUUCUCCUGCUAGAGGCGGCAAGACCCAGCAGAAUCGCGCCCCACAGCAGAAACAGCAGCAGUCUGCCGUUGUUGACGCAAAGAAUCAGCUUCUUGCCACACGCGUGUUCACCAGCUUCAUGUGUAAAAUCAUGAGCGAAAAGGAGGCACAACGCGAGGAGGCGGCAGAGCUCCUUGAGAGUGCCUUCUUUGGUGUGGUCGGCAGUCACGGUAGCGGCGAGUUCGCCACAGUGCUGCAGCAGAUGCUCGGCGCGUGGCUUGCGCUGAAAGGACAGCAGCAGACGACAGUAAAAGGAGAGUACUGGGUCGCGCUCUUUGCGAUUGGCUGCCACUUAAACCUUGUUUCAAGCAUCAUUUCCGCUGGGGAGGCAGAUCGGCACUCAACAAGCGGCGCGCAGCGUGCCAUUGUGUUAGACAACAAAUGGAGCGUAUUGGCGGACAGCUGCACGUACGCAAAUCUAUUGUGUGAUAUAUGUCUUCAGUUGUUUUCAAAUCAGAGUGAGAAUCAUGCGCCGUACGGUGUCCUACCUCUCACUCUGCGCCGUGCGCGGGAGACAUUUGAGCUCGCCAAUGACGAGGGCAUUUCAAGUGUCCUCCCCAACGUAAAGACUGUGCUCCUUAAGCUUAAUCGCCACGUGCGUAUGCCGGCCCUUCAACACGCACCGCACUCGGAGGUCGAGCGGCAGCGAGCGGCUGCAUUUGCGUGUGUGUUGGGCGAGAUGAUGUUGCAUUGCUGUGCUCCUGCCAACUGCGAACAGUUUAUUCAAUCCUUUCAUGAGCACUGCAGUGACAUGGUGGGGAUUCGCUGCACAUUGUACCACCACUACGCCCACAACCUCCUAGUGGAGUCCCUCUCGGAUGCCGUUAUCUAUCAGGCGAUGAAGUUGUUGGCUCAUGCGUUUGUUAUUGUACCUGAUGAUGCUAUAGAGAACAGGCGACUUCUCUUCGUGAAGCUUACGGCGUGCGGGUUGGCGCUGGGGAAGAUGCCCUCGCCAGCGGAACAGGAGGCGUACAACGUGACGGAGUUGGAGGAUCUGAUCCUCGCAGUUCGCAGCUGUAACUUGCAUCUCUUCAACGUUGCGCAUCGCAACAACUCAGAGUGGUACGUGCGGUGUGGUAUUCACAAUGUGCUGCAGGUGGUCGGCAAACGCAUUGCAUUGCUGAUGGUUGUGAAGUAUUACAUCAGCCAUCCCUCUAACCGGCUCUCGGUGCAGGAUAUGAUCGACUACUACCACAUGCCCCUCAGCCUCCAAGAGGCUUGCCAUGUGUGGUUGCUACCGCUCCUAGUAGAGAAGCGCAUCAAUGGUGUAAUGGAGAGUGGUGUGCUUGUGCUCAGCGGUGCGAACCCGUUUGACGACUACAGCAAAGAGGCCCUGACCGCCUUUGGAGCCACUGAGAAUGAUGAAUGA